AUGAUAGACUACUUAUCGGAAGUAAAAAAAAUCUUUUGCGAUAACUAUGAAGAUGACAAACUAAUAAUCAAUGGAUCAAAUGAUUCGAUUCUUGCUCAAGACCUAAGGAUAUUAGACCUUGCUGAAACUAAAGGAAAAGAUAUAGCAAACUCAGAAAUCUACUCAUCGAAAGAACUUAAACAACUCUUCCAUUUUGAUGAAACGAUUAAUUCCAUAGAAGAAUCCUCUGAAAAAGAGACUUAUGUAUAUAUUUCAGAAGAAGAAGUAGAUUAUCAUUGUUUUGAUAUAAAGACUAACUUCAUGAUGAAUAAAGUUGAACCACAAUUCGAUCAUCAUUAUCCUGGAGAAUCCUCUUUUCAAGGUGAAAGAAGAAAAAGACCUAAAACUGGACAAGGUAAUAGAUCCACUUUUAUACCAGAUCUUCCUAUUGGAAAUCCGAACUAG